AUGGAUGGGGAAAGCAAGGAAGCGUUGGUGGUGCUCAAAUACCUCAUAUGCCUUCUUUCCAUGGUGCUCAUCUUUAUUCGGCUCUUGCGCAUUCGGCGCAAGCGGUGCUCGGAAGCGCUCAAACAGAUGUCUUUUUCGAUUAGGCCCGACGGUCCAGCGUCGUUGGACCACGUUCAGAUCGAUAUUGAGGCCCUCGCACCUGUGACGCCUGCAUGGCAACGGCCGCCUAUUCUCGACAACAGCGAGUCAGACCACAGGCUCUCGCGCUUCAUUCAAGGCGAUAUUGAGACGACUAUCAAGGUGGUGUGCGAGGAAGAGACAGGUACAUGCUAA